UCUACACUAGUCUACACCGUAACGGAAAUUGGAGAAACGUCAAUCGAAAAAACGACACGACAACGACAACUUAAAGUGAACUUCCUUUUGAAUGGCGGACGUAAGGUUCGCUUGAUGUGUGCGGUGAUUUUAUAAAUAAUUUAGGAAUUAAGGAAAAAUGUCUUUAUCCACUGCUCGCCCUUUAGUGAGCGUUUACAAUGAGAAAUCUGAAGAAGUAAAAGGCAGCGGUGUCGCUCUGCCCGCUGUCUUCAAGGCCCCAAUCAGACCAGAUGUCGUCAAUUUCGUUCAUCAGCAGGUCUCCAUGAACCAUCGCCAGCCCUACAGCGUCAGCGACAAAGCUGGUCACCAAACCUCCGCAGAGUCUUGGGGAACCGGUCGCGCCGUGGCCCGUAUACCUCGUGUUCGAGGCGGCGGUACCCACCGAUCGGGCCAGGGAGCCUUCGGUAACAUGUGUCGCGGCGGUCGCAUGUUCGCCCCGACCAAGCCGUGGCGCCGCUGGCACCGACGCGUCAACAUCAACCAGCGUCGCUACGCCCUGGCGUCGGCCGUCGCCGCCAGCGGCGUGCCCGCUUUGGUGAUGAGCAAGGGGCACGUGGUCGAUCAGAUACCCGAGUUGCCGUUGGUCGUCAGCGACAAGGUGCAGGAGAUGCACAAGACCAAGGAGGCGGUGCAAUUCCUGAGGAGGAUCAAGGCCUGGGCCGACAUCCAGAAGGUUUACAAGAGCCAACGGUUCCGUGCCGGUAAAGGAAAAAUGCGCAACAGGAGACGUAUCCAACGUAAAGGGCCACUCAUCGUUUACUACAAAGAUCAAGGUCUUCGUCAAGCUUUCCGUAACAUCCCGGGCAUCGACCUCAUCAGUGUCCAAAAGUUGAACUUGUUGAAGCUGGCUCCUGGAGGUCACGUGGGUCGAUUUGUCAUCUGGACCGAAUCGGCGUUCCAACGUUUAGACAAAUUAUUCGGUACAUGGAAGAACCCAUCGACCGAGAAGAAGGGUUACAAUUUACCUCAACCCAAGAUGUCCAAUACCGAUUUGUCUAGAUUGUUGAAAGCCGACGAGAUUAAAGCCGUGCUUAAGACUCCUCAGAAGAAGGUGGUACGCCGUGUUCGUCGUCUUAAUCCUUUGACCAACACUAAAGCUAUGCUUAAAUUGAACCCGUAUGCUGCUGUACUCAAGAGGGAAGCUAUCUUGAAGAACCAAAAAAGGCAGUUGCAAAGGGACGAGGCUUUGGCUAAAAAACGCGGAAUCACCCUGACCCCUGACAACGCUGUAAUCAGGACCAGGAAAUUGCAGGAAAGAAGAAGAGCUCAAAUUUUGAAAGAUAAGAAAUCAAAACCCAAGAAGGCGGCUAAGGCGCCGGCCAAGCCUGCUGGAAAGAAAUAAUCGGUUUGCUGCGGUUCUUUGUGUAUUCAUUAAUUUUUACGCAUUUCAACUGUGGUAUUCUGAAUUGUUAAAAAAAUAAAAUUAUAAAAAUAGUUUUCUUUUUUUUUGUACUAAAAUAAAAACGUAUUUAUGGGA